UAGACUCAUCUAAACAGCAGACGGAGACAGUGAGAAACUGCACAGUGCAGUCCCUUGUUUGUUUCUUCUCCCAUCAACCUUGCCAUGAACAAACCCCAAACUCUCCAACACACACCACCAUAGCCACCACCAUUUCAGGGGAAGAGUGAACCACCACAACAACAACCAUCCAUGCCUUCCUCUUCCCCAAAGUCCGUCUUCCACGCACGCCCUUUCCAUUCUUCAUUGUCUUCUCGCAGAUCCACCUUUCUAUUCCUCUUCCUCUUUGGACUCUCCGGAUUCGUCUUCGGCCUCACCGCCUUCUUCAGGCCCAACCCAUGCCCAUCCGCCAGGCCCAAAUCGGUUCGGGUCACUUGGGACCACGGCGGAGACGCCGCUCGUGCUGCUUCCGGCGGGGUUGACGAUCGCCACAAGGUCAUGGGCUUCGUCGGAAUUUUCACCGGCUUCGGAUCCGCCGGGAGGAGGCAGGCUCUGAGGAAGACUUGGUUCCCUUCCGAUCCCAGUGGUCUUAAGAGCUUGGAAGAAGCCACAGGCUUGGCUUUUCGGUUUAUUAUUGGUAGAACAAAUGAUAGAUCAAAGAUGACUGCACUUCAGAAGGAAAUAGCAGAAUACGAUGACUUUAUUCAAUUGGACAUCGAAGAGGAGUACAGUAAGCUCCCAUACAAAACGUUGGCUUACUUCAAAGCUGCGUACGCACUUUUUGAUUGUGACUUCUAUGUCAAAGCGGAUGAUGACAUAUAUUUAAGGCCAGAUCGUCUUUCCUUACUAUUGGCAACAGAGCGGUCUCACCCUCAGACUUACAUAGGAUGCAUGAAAAAAGGCCCUGUUUUUACGGAUCCAAAACUCAAAUGGUAUGAACCACUAUCUCAUUUGCUUGGAAAGGAGUAUUUUCUUCAUGCUUAUGGUCCUAUAUAUGCACUUUCUGCUGAUGUUGUAUCAAGUUUGGGUGCUCUUAGGAAUAACAGUUUCCGGAUGUUCAGUAAUGAGGAUGUAACCAUUGGAGCCUGGAUGCUUGCAAUGAAUGUCCACCAUGAGAAUAAUAAAGAACUUUGUUCUACGGAAUGUACAUCCACAUCUAUUGCUGUUUGGGAUAUUCCGAAAUGUUCAGGCCUCUGUAAUCCGGAAAAGAAGAUGCUGGAACUCCAUAAAAUGGACAGCUGUGUUCGGAGUCCAACUGUGGAACCUGAUGAAUAGUGUUUGUGUUUUGCAUACCAACAUAUACUCAAUGAAGUGGAGACAAAGAUCAGAAGGUACUUGAGGAUUUACUUGCUCUUCUCGUGUUGUUACUGCCACGCGCUGCUACCGUUGCCAAUCUUUUUCUAUCAAUUGAUCUUUUUCCUCCAAUUCACAGUUUUUUUUGUUGUAAGACUGUUGUGUUUUCUUCUUUUCCUCUCUUUAGUAACGAAUGCCGUUGCUUUGUGUAGAGCAUAUGCAAUUAGAUAGACUAUACGGAUGAUGAUUCAUUCAACUUUACUGAUGAUUCAUUUAACUUUACUAAUUUCUGAUUUUAUUUUUAAUUUUUUUUGGUUUGAAGAAAUAGAUUAAUUAUAUGUACUAUUAAAUUCUGUCAUCUCCUGAGGAAUGAAGCAUUGCUGAGUAAUGAGUAUGUG